AAGAUGUGUACAAACGUCUAAGCCCAUGCAAACCGAAGCUGAGAGUAACUCCCCUCCCCCUUUGAGCUUUUACGCAGCAACUGUAGCAAGAGGGUUGCAAAGCUGGGAAGGAGCACAGAGAACGAGACGAAAGCCCACGCUCGGGGAAUUGUAACAAUGUAUCUCUAAUGCUGCACGAGCAGUGUGUGUGGUAGAAGCGGGGCUCUGCGUCACCGUCCGUUAACCUUUCCUUUGUUUGGGGAGCCUCCUCCGGUGGAGCUACUCCCUGAUUGACGCCGUGGAUCCGGUGAUACCGCAGCGCCGGCCUAAAGCGCCUUGGACCGUGGUUCUAUGUCCGCCAUCGGUUCUUUAGGAAGUUGCUCUUGCUGUAGCCUUUGCAAACUCUUUAUUCGCGGUUGCAUCCAGUAUAGAGACACCGGGGACUCUUGUAACAGGUAGGCAGAAAACUCAUGAGCCUUCAGUUGUGAAAGCAGCCGUGUCACAGCACUAGACGUUUUCACUGACCUCACUCUACGAGGUAAUAAAUGCAGUACCUACAGACAUUUUACUUUCAUAGUUCAAACUGUACUGGGCGAUGCAUUGGAUAAGACGUUCCAUUGGAAGUAAACCAGCAAGCUGUCAUGAAGAGCUGGAAAACGAAUCGAGCAUCCGUCUGUUGGAAGCGGGUACCCCUACUGCAUCAGGGCAGUACACUAAGUGCAGCUAUCAAUCCUGUAUGUAUUGUCUUCUUUCUGUGGCACUCCUGUUUUUCUGCUUUGUCUUCUCCUGGGUGCAGUACUUUCCAAGAAGUAACCAUCUAAAAAUACAGCCACCGUAUAAAGCUGCAGAAAGAUUUGGAACGGAUUCCUGUGAUGUUCUCUUUGUACAGACUACAGAUUCCUUGCAUCUUUCUCCGUUAACAUCUUGUGCCAUUGAGUCUGCCGCAAGGACCUAUAAAGGGAAGCGUGUUUGCCUUUAUAUGAAAGGCUGGGAUGAGAAAUUGAAAAACACUACAGCGGUUUCUGCUCUGGAUGUUCUCAAGUCCCUUUCAAAUGUUAAACUUCUCCCUUUGAACCCUGUGUUAGUUUUUAGGGAUACUCCUCUGGAAGAGUGGUAUCAAAGUGUCAACCCUGAACAGGAGACGUACUGGCCUCAUGUUCAGUCGGAUGCUUUCAGAUAUGCAUUGCUUUGGCAGAAUGGAGGUAUAUACAUGGACACUGAUGUCAUAUCAUUUAAGCCCAUACCAGAAGCAAACUUUCUGGGCUUUGAAUCUACAACUGCAAUUAACGGAGCUGUUUUAGGUUCUAAAGACCAUCACCCUUUCUUGGAUGCCUGCAUGAAAGACUUUGUUACUAAUUAUGAAGGGAGUGCCUGGGGACACCAGGGCCCCCUUCUCCUAACCCGUGUUCUCCAAAGAUUGUGCAAUUUUACUGAAUGGGAUCCUGAUAAGGACUUAAUGUGUACCUCUCAGAAGUUUAUUAUUUUUAAAAGUUCACGUUUGUACCCUAUUCCGUACUAUAACUGGAAGUUGUUUUACAAUACAUCAGAUAAUCUUUCUAUUUUCAGUGACUCUUAUGCAACGCAUGUAUGGAAUCAAAUGAACCAAUGGGAUGAGAACGAAAAGAGGAGGAUGAAAGUUGGAGAUCGAUCUUUACUAGAAAAUAUCUUUAAGCUUCGCUGUCAGUUAACCUAUGCCGAGCUGUACACCUGGUCAUGAGAGACGCAUCGCUGUCAGUUAACCUAUGCCAAGCUCUACACCUGGUCAUGAGAGAGACACUGUCAUUUUACGUGAACAUUCUACAGGUUUACAAAUUCUCAGACAGGUGUUGAGCUGUUCCUUUGAGGACGGAAGUGUUGAUUAAUCCUAGGAUUAUGGAGAUUGAGUUUGCUGUGCUCCUCCGUGAGUUUUCCAUGGCAGUUAAUGACUUGAGUUACAUUGACAGAAAUAUAGUAUUAAAAUUACAUAAGUGCUGAAGCAAAGUCCUUUUUUUUGCCAUAGUCUGAGCUUGUGAAGGCAGUGGCAAGUUUAGAGUGCGUUGUGACUGAUUACUGUCUGCAUAGAUCAUGUGAAGUUGAAAUAACUGCUUGUGCACUGUCACAUAUCUAUAUUUUUUAUCAGCACUGGAAUUUAUUUUUUAAGAGUUUUAUAAAAUAAAGUGCUGCAAAUUUCUCUCUAACUGAAA